CGAACGCGCAUGCGCACCAAAAACUGGGUGAAGUACCCAAACUCGCAAAUAACUUUUCGAAGAACUUUUCAAACAAUGACACCGGUCAGUUUGUUUUAGGGGCGGCGUGAAACGGAUAAGUGAAGAAAUCAGAUGUAGUGACGUUGCAUAUCCUAUGUUUCACAGGAAGAUGUUGAACUUUUCUGCAACGCUAUAAAUUGGAUCAUGUUGCGCCAGACCGGGGGACACAGCGCCGUUGUUUUGAACUUGACUUUGCUUUUAUGCCACUUCAUAUAAGAAAACGCCAUUCAAGUCGGUUUUAGGUCCACUUUUAUUAUUUUAUACCGCGGAUGCAAAACUCGUCAUGACAAAGAAAACUCUCUGGACCGUGGCGACCACGGUGACGCUUUUCUUCUGUUUAUGUUUUCCAACUUUUAAAGCAGAAACCUCUUCUUGUCACGGAGCAUACGACCUUUACUUUGUUUUGGACCGAUCUGGGAGUGUUUCGAACGACUGGAAUCAGAUCUAUGAUUUCGUCAAAAAUCUUACAGAGAAAUUUGUGAGUCCAAAUAUGCGAGUGUCCUUCAUAGUGUUUUCAUCGAAAGCAGAGAUUGUGUUAGAGCUCACUGGAGACAGGGCAAAAAUAAAUAAAGGACUGAGGGAUUUAAAUGCAGUCAAACCAGCAGGAGAAACCUACAUGCAUGAAGGAAUUAAAAAGGCAACUGAACAAAUGAAAGAACAGCUAAAAAAGUCCUCUAGCAUCAUUGUAGCUUUGACUGAUGGAAAGCUUGAACCAUAUAUCCAUCUACUCACUAAGGAGGAGGCUGAUUUAGCAAGGAUGAAUGGGGCCCGUGUGUACUGUGUCGGCGUAAAGGACUUUGAUGAAGAACAGCUCGCCGAUGUGGCUGAUACCAGAGAGCAAGUGUUCCCAGUCAAAGGAGGCUUUCAAGCUCUCAAAGGCAUUGUUAACUCGAUCCUCAAGCAAUCAUGCACGGAGAUUCUAACAGUGGAGCCGUCCAGCGUCUGCGUGAACGAGACCUUUGACAUUGUUUUGAGAGGGAACGGGUUCACACUGGGGAGGCAAACAGAAGGAGUGAUCUGCAAUUUCGUAGUGGAUGGAGUUAUUUACAAGGUGAAGCCAACCAAGGUGAAGAAUGACUAUGUCCUGUGUCCUGCUCCAGUUCUGUAUUCAGUGGGACAACAAAUGGAGGUUCUGAUCAGUUUGAACAAUGGCACAUCGUAUAUCUCCAGUGCUUUCAUCAUCACUGCCUCCACAUGUUCGGACGGCACAGUGGUGGCCAUUGUGUUCUUGGUGCUCUUUCUCCUGUUGGCUUUGGCUCUGAUGUGGUGGUUCUGGCCUCUCUGCUGCACCAUUGUUAUUAAAGACCCACCCCCUCAAAGACCUCAUCCACCUCCGCCUCCGCCUAAGCCAGAGCCAGAAUCAAUACCCAAGAAAAAGUGGCCAACCGUGGAUGCAUCUUAUUAUGGAGGAAGAGGAGCUGGUGGAAUCAAACGCAUGGAGGUCCGUUGGGGAGAGAAAGGGUCCACAGAGGAGGGUGCACGGCUCGAGCUGGCCAAGAAUGCAGUGGUGUCAAUACAAGAGGAGACAGAGGAACCCAUGAUCAAAAAGCCACCCGCACCCCCACCCACAUACCAUCGAUCUGAAUCCAAGUGGUAUACUCCAAUCAGGGGUCGACUUGGGGCACUGUGGGCUCUUCUGCGGCGACAGUAUGACCGAGUUUCUCUCAUGCGCCCAACUACCACAGAUAAGGGACGCUGUAUGAAUUUCAAUCGGGUGCAGCAUCAAUAGACGACAGCAUCCCGUCUCUGAUAUACUUUGACUUCCAAGUAUAUCAGAUGGAACAACAGAAAGAACGUAAUUUCCUCGAGAUGAUAUAGCUUAUCAUUGGCCACUUCAGAGUAUCUUGUUUCUGCGCUUUACAAGUAUUGGCUUUCCAAAACUUAUAAUUCUGGUAUCUCGCAAGCUAGUGAACGGCAAGCGGAUGACUAAAUAGAUCAACAAAAAAGUGUCUGAUUUUGCAGCUGAUCUGGUUAGCUUUAAUGCACAGCAAAGGCUUUUUCAUGUUCUGACCAUAUUGUGCCUUCUGUGAAAAAAAAAAAAAAAACGAAUCUUAUGGACACAGACGGAGGCUAUUUCAAAAAAAAAAAAAAAAAGAAGCAGAAUGAGAUGAGGCUCUUUGCCGUUGGCUGAGAAGUAGAACUAAUCCCAGUAGGCUCAUGGAGUGCAGUAGUACUUUGCCUCUUGGCAGUGUCUCUUCACAAAAAUCUCUCCAAGCCCACUAUUGUCGGAUGCCUAGCGGGGCUUCUUUGACUGGAGAUCUUGUCAUUUUAAUACUGAGAAGUGCACACGCAUGACAAAUUGUAGACAGAACGCCCUAAGGUAUCGGAUGCAGUAAGACUUUGCCCUUUAGUUUGUGAAGACACCUUUCUAUCAAUGCGAGGACAGUGCAGAGAAAUUAAUAGAGCGUUAUUGCACCGCAAGACACCCUGUGACCAAAGCUUUCCGGCAAGGUUUUGAGGGACAGAUUUACCAACCUGGUGGUUGGUGCUUCCUCCCCAUUUAUUUGGCAGUCUGUUCUGUGCUCACUAAUGCAUAGACCAUCACAAUUCGGAAACAUGCCCCUCAGUUAAAGUUUUAACACAUCAAUACAGCUGUCCACCCACCUCCCGAUCUCCACAAAUGUUGUGCAUUGGAAUAUCAAACUUUGAUAGAUCUUAAGGCAACUUUAGAGAUUCUUCUUUUGUAUGAGGUUUGACCUCUCAUGAGAUUUUCUGUAGAAAUUAAGGAGUUCCUCAGCUGUGCUAAUGUGACACCCUCAUCCGAUAUACUCGGAAGAUCAAACCGAAAGGGGCGACGGACGGAUGAGUAUUGUUCAUUUCUAGAAAUUAUCCACAUCGCACUCCCCCCUCCACUUGCUCACAGAAAAGCGAGCAAUAUAUAUAUAUAUUUUAGAUUUAUUUAACGCGCUGUCACGACGACGAUCGCGAAUGAUGUCAGUGUCAGUGGAAACACUGUGGGGGAGGAAGGGGGCGGCAGCUGAAGAAAAAGGCUCGAACGAUCUAGUCACUUUCGAUACGCUACUUCAGAUGCAAAAUGGAUAUUCGAGUCGAAAUCUGACAAAGCGUGCCGGCUUUGACGGGAAGUGGUAUAGACAAUGACCAGUGGCUGGGUCAGUGGGAUGUCUCAGUGCAAGCAGGGAAGCUUAUCAAAUGACACUAAAAAUAAGUUCAACAACCAUCAAGUUUGAGGGGGGAACAGAAUGGGGCGCAGUGGCUCACAUUCGGUGGGCAUGCAAGUGUGCAAGAUGGCAGGACCGUUGGGGGGAAAAAAGCCCUUGUUUAAUGAUUUCUUUGUUUCUAUGAUCGUAAUUGUAGGGACAUUAAUUACUGCUCAACCCCCCCCCCCAAAAAAAAGAACAGAAUACAUACAUAGAAAAGUUCAAACAUUUGAAAUCGUUCCCGGAGUGGCACUUAAGCUAAUGCACUUCUUGGAUAGCUAGGUGAGUGUAAUUUUCAGCCUUAUUUUUAUGUGUAUUUCUCAUGUCACAGAUCAUAGAAUGUCAGUUAAGUGUUACUAAAAAUUUCAUUAGGUUUUUACAUGUUAGUUGUAACAUGGCUUAAUAUUUUUACCAGCUCCUCACAUGCUAUUAAUCCACCUCAACAUCACCAGAGCACAUCUGCUUUGCUUUCUCUUUAUUAUUGUUUUUGCUUUUUUUAUUUACCUUUUAUUUUUAUGUUGCAUUUUACAUUGUUAUAUUUAUGUUUUCACAUCAUUUGUGGUUCUUGUGAGUUUUUAUGUAUUUUAUCUGACCCAUUAAUGCGUUUGUAGAAAAACUGAUUGUAAACUUUGUUGCAAAUUGGGUUUAUUCUUUGUAAUAUUGAACUAAGCACACCAGCUAUAAAAAAUAAUGUUAGUAAUUUUUGUAAAAAAAAUAAAUAAAAAAAGAAGCUAAUUGCACCUAAAAUAGAAAAGGUCACAAAGUUUUGAUGUAGAAAUUGGAUAGAAAAACAAGGAUUUAUUUCAUUUUUAAGCAACUCAGUGAUGACAAUUGUGCAGUAUUUGUUGUACAUAAAAAGGCAAAGAAAUAAUGUAUUGGUAGUGAUAAUUUGUUAAUUUAAUUAAAACCCAUUUAGGUUUAGACACAAUUU